ACACUCAGGAAAUGCUUGUCUCCUGCUAUUAAUGAAUGAUUUCAGAGUACUAUGGAUCAUGCUGAAGAAAAUGAAAUCCUUGCAGCAACCCAGAGGUACUAUGUGGAAAGGCCUAUCUUUAGUCAUCCGGUCCUCCAGGAAAGACUACACACUAAGGACAAGGUUCCAGAUUCCAUUGCGGAUAAGCUGAAACAGGCAUUCACAUGUACUCCUAAAAAAAUAAGAAAUAUCAUUUAUAUGUUCCUACCCAUAACUAAAUGGCUGCCAGCAUACAAAUUCAAGGAAUAUGUGUUGGGUGACUUGGUCUCAGGCAUAAGCACAGGGGUGCUUCAGCUUCCUCAAGGCUUAGCCUUUGCAAUGCUGGCAGCUGUGCCUCCGAUAUUUGGCCUGUACUCUUCAUUUUAUCCUGUUAUCAUGUAUUGUUUUUUGGGAACCUCCAGACACAUAUCAAUAGGUCCUUUUGCUGUUAUUAGCCUGAUGAUUGGUGGUGUGGCUGUUCGAUUAGUACCAGAUGAUAUAGUCAUUCCAGGAGGAGUAAAUGCAACCAAUGGCACAGAGGCCAGAGAUGCCUUGAGAGUGAAAGUCGCCAUGUCUGUGACCUUACUUUCAGGAAUCAUUCAGUUUUGCCUAGGUGUCUGUAGGUUUGGAUUUGUGGCCAUAUAUCUCACAGAGCCUCUGGUCCGUGGGUUUACCACUGCAGCAGCUGUGCAUGUCUUCACCUCCAUGUUAAAAUAUCUGUUUGGAGUUAAAACAAAGCGGUACAGUGGAAUCUUUUCAGUGGUGUAUAGUACAGUUGCUGUGUUGCAGAAUGUUAAAAACCUCAACGUGUGUUCCCUAGGCGUCGGGCUGAUGGUUUUUGGUUUGCUGUUGGGUGGCAAGGAGUUUAAUGAGAGAUUUAAAGAGAAAUUGCCGGCGCCUAUUCCUUUAGAGUUCUUUGCGGUGGUAAUGGGAACUGGCAUUUCAGCUGGGUUUAACUUGAAAGAAUCAUACAAUGUGGAUGUCGUUGGAACACUUCCUCUAGGGCUGCUACCUCCAGCCAAUCCGGACACCAGCCUCUUCCACCUUGUGUACGUAGAUGCCAUUGCCAUAGCCAUCGUUGGAUUUUCAGUGACCAUCUCCAUGGCCAAGACCUUAGCAAAUAAACAUGGCUACCAGGUUGACGGCAAUCAGGAGCUCAUUGCCCUGGGACUGUGCAAUUCCAUUGGCUCACUCUUCCAGACCUUUUCAAUUUCAUGCUCCUUGUCUCGAAGCCUUGUUCAGGAGGGAACUGGUGGGAAGACACAGCUUGCAGGUUGUUUGGCCUCAUUAAUGAUUCUGUUGGUCAUAUUAGCAACUGGAUUCCUCUUUGAAUCAUUGCCCCAGGCUGUGCUAUCCGCCAUUGUGAUUGUCAACCUGAAGGGAAUGUUUAUGCAGUUCUCAGAUCUCCCCUUUUUCUGGAGAACCAGCAAAAUAGAGCUGACCAUCUGGCUUACCACUUUUGUGUCCUCCUUGUUCUUGGGAUUGGACUAUGGUUUGAUCACCGCUGUGAUCAUUGCUCUGCUGACUGUGAUUUACAGAACACAGAGUCCGAGCUACAAAGUCCUUGGACAGCUUCCUGAAACUGAUGUGUAUAUUGAUAUAGACGCAUAUGAGGAGGUGAAAGAAAUUCCUGGAAUAAAAAUAUUUCAAAUAAAUGCACCAAUUUACUAUGCAAAUAGUGACUUGUAUAGCAAUGCAUUAAAACGAAAGACUGGAGUGAACCCAGCAGUCAUCAUGGGAGCAAGGAGAAAGGCCAUGCGGAAGUAUGCUAAGGAAGUCGGAAAUGCAAAUAUGGCCAACGCCACUGUUGUCAAAGCAGAUGCAGAAGUAGAUGGAGAAGAUGCUACCAAGCCGGAAGAAGAGGAUGGUGAAGUAAAAUAUCCCCCAAUAGUGAUCAAAAGCACAUUUCCUGAGGAAAUGCAAAGAUUUAUGCCCCCAGGGGAUAACAUCCACACUGUCAUUUUGGAUUUCACUCAAGUCAAUUUUAUUGAUUCUGUUGGAGUGAAAACUCUGGCAGGGAUUGUAAAAGAAUAUGGAGACGUUGGUAUAUAUGUAUACUUAGCAGGAUGCAGUGCACAAGUUGUGAAUGACCUCACUCGGAAUAGAUUUUUUGAAAAUCCUGCCCUAUGGGAGCUGCUGUUCCACAGCAUUCAUGAUGCGGUUUUAGGCAGCCAACGUAGAGAGGCACUUGCUGAACAGGAAGCCUCGGCUGCCCCUCCCCAGGAGGACUUGGAGCCCAAUGCCACUCCUGCCACUCCUGAGGCAUAGAUGAGGACCUCACCCUAGGAUGGGGUUAUAAGCCUCUUGUGAAGUUCAUGAUUUACACGUUUUAAAUACUAGACACUAGAUUUUUUUUUUCCUGAGGGUAAAUACUAGUAGUCGAGGCUUGAUUUGGAGGGUGAAUGACGCCUAGCAAUAUGUAUCGUACUUGUGUUUUUUUAAUUGAAUAUUUCAAAGAUAAAUUGGCCUGUUGCCUGCAUUUAUUAUAGAGAGGCAUUUCUGCUACAUUUUAUUAUUAUCUUUGUAAGCUAAGCACUGAAAAAUUUAUUUCAGUUAAGUACUUUUUACCUAUGAAUAGGAUAUGCUGUCGCCAGAUAAUUAGUGGUUCUUUGUUUUUGUACUUGUUGGUCUACAGACUGUCUAUAAUUAGUUACGUAACAGAAGAAAGAAACUGCAAUUUUCUAGAAGUUCUUGUUUUAAAAUAACCUUUUAUUUAUUAUAGAAGCAAUAUAAAUGCAUUGAGGACAUUUUUGAAAAAAUAGACAAGCAAAAAUAAGAAGAUAAAACAUUAUAUUUCCACCAGAGAUUACCACUGUUAACAUCUUAAUGUCCUUCCAGAUCUUUUUCCAUGCAUAUACAUUUACAUUUUUAACCAAAGUAAGACCACAUCUAUAGUGUUUUAUAACCGAUUUUUCUUUAAUCAACAAUCUCCACUUUCUCAUUCCAGCACAUUUUUUUGCCUUAGACCAUAUUUAAAUUUCCCCAAUUGUCCCCAAAUUUGCAGUUGGUUUGUGCAAACUGAUAUUCAUUCUAUGACCUUACAUUGCAACUGGUCAUGUCCUUUAAAGUCCCUUACGUCUAUUUUAAUCUAGCACAGUUCCUUUUCUAUGACAUUGAUUUGUUAAAGAGACUGGGGCAGCUGUCCUGUAGAAUCCUGUCUUGUGAAUUUGCCUAGUUGCUUUUUCAUGGUGUUGUUUAACUUAUUUUUAUAUUGCCUUUACUACCUGCAAUCUGAAAGUUAUAUCUAAAGCCUUUAUAGAUUCAAAUUAGAGCAUUUUGUGCUAGAUUAUAUCAUAGAUAAGAUACAUGCUUCAUAUCGCAACACUUCAGAAAACACGUAAUAUCUAAUUGAUGUACCAUUAACUAAUCUAGUGAUCUAAGCUAGAUGAGUGGAUCAGCAUGAGUCUGAUCCUCCAGUUAGAUUUUCCCCUUUGUGACUACAGACUUAUCUGUGUGGUAUUCCUUUGGCAUUGAAUGAAUGUCCAGUCCCCCACUAGCCGUUUACCAGGAGUUUUAACAUUGGGUGGUAAUUCUCUGCUAAAUAAUUAACUUUAUUAAGGUUUGUGAGUAGGUUGUCUAGUUCUUUCAUUUCUUCUGCGUUUAUUAGUUGAUUGUUCUAUGUGAACUAUAGCUUUCCCUUCUCCACUUGAGCUAUUGGUCAUCCUUACCCACCUGUAGUUCUACUAGCAGGGCAGGUUGAAUGCUUUAUUAUUUUCAUUUAAUUAUGAACUUCAAAGUAAAUAACUGGUUUAUUAGAUGGUGACAAAUUAGCGGGGUUUUUUUAGAUUUCCCUUUUCUGGUGUGAUGGUGGUCUUGUGAAUUUUGAAAGUUUUAAUGGGUUUCAAUCCAUUAUGUUCUUUUUGAUGCUCAAAGUGUCACAACUGUGGCCAGUAUAAGUCCUUAAAAGCUUUGUUAUUGUUGCUAAUCAUGAAGUAGCAUUAAAGACCAUGUUUUUAAGAAAACUAACCCCCAGAUGUAACUUAAAUCUUCCUUAGAAGUUCAUAACAACUAUCAGUUCAUUACACAUCAAACUCAAUGUUCAGCCUAGGAAUAAGCAUAAUGCUCAUCAUACUCAUUCCACAGAAACAUGGAAUGUCAAAGGUUGGAGGAGGAUACCUUUAAACCAAUUUGUCACUUUCAGUUGUUUGUAACUAUCAGCUCACUAUAAAUCAAAGCAUAGGUAUUAGCCAACCUGUCUAAAGCCUCCUCUGCUAAGAGUUCCUGCUGAUAGUGAGUUUGUUUUUUCUUUAAUAUGUUGUCUUAUUGACAUCUUGUUAUAGUUUUCAUGAAUAAGAUACUGCCAGGAGAAAGGAGUCAGAUCCCAGUGGAAUUGUUAGCAUGGCCUACUUGCAACCAAACCCUGUGUAUGUGUUCAUGUUAACUCCUAUCAGGUUUCUCACUGUCUUUACUAAUUUAAUUCAAAAUAAACUCCUCCUUUUAAUCAAAACUUUAGCUAAUUCUAGAGUGGAAUUUAGAUUUGCUUAGUUAUUUCCUUUGCAAUCAUCACAUGAGAUCAGAUACAUCUGCAUUCUGAUACAGACUGCCUUCUGAAAGAGCAUGUAGUUGUAGAACUUCAGCUUACACUAGAAACUUUUAUAAAAGAGCCUAUAUCAUUUCAGCCAUUUAAGUAGAAUUUAAGGAUUUUAAACUAUGUUAAAAUACUUUGGCCGGGCGCAGUGGCUCACGCCUGUAAUCCCAAUACUUUGGGAGGUCGAGGCGGGCAGAUCACGA